AUGGGGCACGUCGGCGCCAAGCUCUCCGCUGCCGUCGGGCCAGAGACGCCAGUGCCGGCAGAUGGCCGCCUGAGCCGCAGCACCGCCAAUUGGGAGCUGCCGCCUUGGGUCGAUGAUGGCUUUGAGAGGGACGAGAUGGCGGCGAGGUGCGAGAGCGUCCAGGCCUGGCCCUUCCUCCGCACUGGCGUGGCGCCCCGCGAAGGCCAGCGCCUGUACAUGAACAUCCACUACGCUCACGACGGCAGCCACCCGUACACCUACCUGUACCGCGGCCUGUGGGAGGGCAGGGCCGUGGCGGUGAAGGUUGUGGAGUGUCGGCAGGACAGCCGAGAGGCGCGGGAGGCGCUGAACGAGGCGGUGCUCACCGAGGGACUGGACUGCCCUCACCUGGUCAAGACCCUGAGGCACGCGCUGCAGUGCGAUUCACUGGACCAAGAGUGCACCUUCUGGCUGGUGCAGCAGCUGUGCACACACGGCACCCUCAUUCAAGCAGCCGAGGCGGGGCUGCUGCGGGAGGAGAGGAGCCUGGUGGCCGCGCCCGACAUGGGCGCUGUGCUGCGCACGCUGCGCGAGGUCGCGGCGGGCAUGGCCUUCCUCCACGGCUGCGGCAUCCUGCACCGAGACCUUACAGGCCACAACGUGCUGCUGGAUGAGGCUGAGCCCAGCACCAGCGACCGCCGCGGCUUCACCUGCCGCCUGGCCGACUUUGGGAUGGCCCGCCUGGCGCAGCUGCAGAGCAUCAGCACGGGCAGCUUCGGCACCGUGACGCACAUGUCACCUGAGCUGCUGGUAGACGGCAAGCUGAGCCCGGCAGCAGAUGUCUGGAGCUUCGGCAUCCUCUGCUGGGAGGCCUACAGCGGCAUCCGCGCCUUUGCCGGCCUCCCGCUGCCCAACAUCAUCUAUCGCGUUACCAGCGGCAGCGGCAGGCUCGAGCUGCCGUCGGAUGCGCCCGCCGGUUUCAAGGCUCUGGUGGAGGCCUGCCUCAACACAGACCGCCACCAGCGCCCCGACUUCCCCUCCGUCCUGUCCACGCUAGACUGCCUGCUGGCGCAAGAGGAGGGCUAG